AUGAGAAGUUUUGCCGUCAUGAUUAAGACUCAAAAAGUCGUGGUCUACCAACCUGAAAAACGUAGACUUUUAAAUGAAAAAAAAUCUCUAGUUAUGAGGAACGAAACUGGAAUAUUUUUCUGGAAUGAGUCAAUAAUGACUCGUGAUUUCAAUUAUACGGAUUACAAUUCAACAUAUAAUGUGAAUCGAACAUCUGAUGACUUAUGGGAUUUAGCAAGUGAUCGUGCCAUAUUGGCCGUGAUACUGAUAUUAUUUUCAAUGGCGACGAUUUUCGGGAAUGGUUUAGUGAUACUAGCAGUAUUCCGUGAACGUUAUUUACAUACAGCGACGAAUUAUUUUGUGACAUCCUUAGCGUUUGCCGACUGUCUAGUUGGAUUAGUUGUGAUGCCAUUCAGUGCAAUAUAUGAAGUAUUAGAGAAUCGCUGGUUGUUCACCACAGAUUGGUGUGACGUGUGGCGUUCAUUGGAUGUAUUAUUUUCAACAGCGUCAAUUUUGAAUCUGUGUGUUAUUAGCUUAGAUCGUUAUUGGGCAAUAACUGAUCCGUUUACCUACCCAAUGCGUAUGAGCCGUAGACGUGCCGCAAUAUUGAUAGCAAUUGUAUGGGUUUGUUCGAGUGCAAUAUCGUUCCCGGCCAUAGCGUGGUGGCGUGCAGUCCGUACUGAAAUAGUGCCAAAAGACAAAUGCCCGUUUACAGAAAAUUUAGGGUAUUUGAUAUUUUCAUCGACAAUCAGUUUUUAUUUACCAUUGUUUGUAAUGGUGUUUACUUAUUACCGUAUUUAUCGAGCUGCUGUGAUCCAAACACGUAGUUUGAAACUUGGUACAAAACAAGUAAUGAUGGCGUCAGGUGAAUUAGAACUUACUUUACGAAUACAUAGGGGAGGUGCUACGAAUACUGAUGCAAGGCAUUUAUUUCGUACGGCAUCAAGUACACCGGAAGAGAUUCAGGACAUGGAAGAACCACUUACUUUACAUAAUAAUGGACUUUCACGUAUGCCGUCAACAAGAAUGAACAAUAAACAAAAUCUGGGGAAAAAUUUUUCUUUAUCACGUAAAUUAGCUAAAUUCGCAAAGGAAAAAAAAGCUGCUAAAACGCUUGGAAUAGUUAUGGGCGUCUUUAUCGUCUGUUGGUUGCCAUUUUUUGUGGUUAAUCUACUGUCUGGAUUCUGUGCAAGGUGUAUUUGGAACGAGGAAAUUGUUUCCGCUGCAGUCACAUGGUUGGGGUGGAUUAACAGCGGGAUGAAUCCUGUUAUUUACGCUUGUUGGAGUCGUGAUUUCAGACGGUGA